AACUACAGUCUCAAUGUCCCCGCUGGUGUCAAUAGAGUGGUUAAAUAGCUGCGCACUGACAGGGAAUUUAGGAUGAAAAUCAGCAAUAAUUAAAGCAGUAACAGUGAGUAGGAUCCUUGGCUUUAGGUGUAUGAACUAUAGUUUUAGUCUGGUGUAAGAUUACGGAGGAUAAACCAGAAACUUUAUUCUCACAUUUUCCCCCGAAACUUGGGGAAGAGUUACAGCGAUGGACUGUUUCAGCACCCAUAAUUCCAUUCGACUUUCCUUGCGGUUCAUUCAAACAUGGAGGAACGAGAGCGAAAGUUGUCAACAAGGCGCACAGAAGGUGGUAAAGCGACAGGGAAAUCCGAGAGGGGUCAAAGAGAGAAUGUAGAGACCAGAGAAGAGAGAGUAGAGUCACAGGGGGAGGCGAGUGGAAGUGUCUCGGUAGAUUCAGAACCGCGAGAGCAGCAGCAGCAGUUGGACUCCCGACUGGAUAUCUGCUCGGAACAGUUCGACCCAGAGUUAGCUCUGUAUUCGUCCACCGUGGUACCUCUGCCCUUCCCCAACAUCAAGUGCUUCAAUAACGUCGCCGAGUACGAGAGCUUCCUAAAGGGAGGUCGUGGCCGAGCCAAGCCCGAGAACGUGGAGAAGAGACAACGGGCUGCACGGAAAGGAGUCGCGGAUCCUGAGAGAAUCGCGCGACUGAAAGAGUUGAUGGUGAAGAAUCCCACCGCCAGCGAGGAUGCUGAGGAGGGCACGAGUGGACCUAGGAGGCUCCCACGGCGACAAAAGACGCAAAAGAAUGUGUUGACAAGAAUGCCACUGAUGGCUGGCAGUCCCUUGGGCUCCCUGAACCGCUGUGUGCAGGAGCACGUCCGGGUCAAAGUUCACAUCCGCACCUUCAAGGGCUUACGGGGCGUGUGCUCCGGAUUUGUGGUCGCCUUCGACAAGUUCUGGAACCUGGCGAUGGUGGAUGUGGAUGAGACCUACAGAGAGCCCCUGCUCGGACAAGCUCUCUACCACGAGAAAGCUUUGACAGUCACAAGGCUGUUUGAUAAAUUGAAACUACAAAAUGAAGAAGCAUCUACUUCUGAAGCGACGCACAAGACGGACGACCCCAGAACGCGACGCACACACUCUCACACACAGUCUGCUAAAGGAGGACACACACACUCUCACACUCACACACCGCCUGCUGCACCGCCUGCUAAACCCACAUCAGGGGGCGGGACUAAGUAUGGACGGGUCCGCACGCGACAUGUCAAUCAGCUCUUCAUCCGCGGGGAAAACAUACUGCUAAUAAACAUUCCAAACAUGUGAACACA